AUGGAAUUCAUGACUGCCCUACAAGGCGGUCUCGACGAACAAAAGCCAUCGUUGUUUGAGAUCCUGUCCGAGCACGAACUCAACGCCCUCAUUCCACCAUCGUUGCGAUACCUGCUAGCCGUUGCAACACAUCGCAACCCACGAUACCUACUGCGCAUACUGAACAACUUCGACGAACUAUAUGCGCUUCUCUCUCUGGCAUUGGAAAGAUAUUACCUGAGAACAUACGGCGGAGGCUUCACUGAGAACUUCUAUGGCCUCAAACGCGAGCGCGUGCUGCGCGUCAAAGGCGGCGAGACAACGCGAGCACGACUUGGUGCACCGCGAGAAAUCCGUGAGACGUUGAAGCUGCGGAACAGUGACGUAUGGAAGAAUCUGGCUGUUAUGGUUGCAAUACCAUACAUCAAGAGGAAGCUCGAUGAAGCCUACGAUGUGCAUGCGGCUGGCGUGAACAUGCUUGGGCCUGCGUAUCGGGAUCGUGAGAGAUAUCCUACAGAUGGGACGCGGGAGCAGAAGUCUAUGUGGGUGUAUAAAUGGUUCCUGCGGAGUGUGUACCCUUCAGUGAAUGCGGCAUACUACUUCUCGCUGCUGGCGUGGAAUAUGGCGUAUUUGUUUGAUGGUACCAAGUAUCACUCGCCACUCCUGUGGUUGAUCGGGACGAGGAUCAGGAGACUGAACGAUGCGGACAACAAGGCGAUUGCAUUGGCGACGCAAGCAGCCAUCACAUCUCCGGCUCGUCCAGGACAGACGAAUUCGAUUUUCAACCCUCGGACGAUGUCGCGCACGUUGUUGCCGUGGUUCCAGUCCGGGCUGAAGAUGGCACUGCCAAUGUCCAUCUUUGCACUCAAGUUCCUGGAGUGGUGGCACAACUCCGAUUUCGCAAGGCAGCUUUCCAAGAAGGCCAAUGAAGGGCUGGAGCUCCCACCACCAACGAUAUCUGGCCUACCCGCACCUGCCCCAAAGCCCGAGAAGAAGGUUGCGAUCAAAGACGAAAAGGAAGGAGCGCUGAGCCGACGAGAUUCUGGCAUCGACGGCCCACCUAUCUCGAUGGUAACACACCUUCCCAUCCUCACAGUACCUGCUCCUGCAUACACUACCGACGACUCUGCAAACACCACUUCAACCUGCCCUAUAUGCCUUUCGGAAGUGCAGACAGCCACAGCCGCACAGACAGGCUAUGUCUACUGCUAUACCUGCAUCUACAAAUGGGUCGAUGGCUCCCACCCAAGGCAGGAAGCUUUCAUGGAAGGCUCUGGCGAGGAAGAGGCAGUCAAGGGUUGGGUCGAAGAAGGCGGAGGUAGUCGCUCUGGCAAGUGGGAAAGCGGUGCCGGUCGAGAUGCAGUGACUGGUCGACGAGUGCUGGGAGGCACGAGUGGACUGCGGAGGGUCAUGGUCUGA